AUGACAACUGAGCAUUAUUCCACGCUCGCGUCCUCCGCUGAUGUAGUCUUUUGUGCGGACGUCAAAUUUCGCGGCGGCGGCGGCGGCGGCGGCGGCAGCGGAGAAUCGCUUGAGACAGGCAAGCCGAUGGUGAUCCGCACGUGCGGCGUGGACAGCGGCACGCUGACCAUUGACACGGAGAUCGUGCGCAUGAGUCACUGCGGCCGCUUCAUGUACAACGGCGACAAAGUCUCUGGCUGCCUCACCAGCUGCGACAACGUGGACGGCUGUAACGCGGCGACGACAACGGCGACGACGACGACGUUGGCGAUGGCAAUCGCCGUCGCGCUCGCGUGCAUGCAGCACCGCGCGUGGCCGAUCUUCAUGUGACACGAUGACGUCAUCGGUCGGUGGCGAACCCUUCCCUUAAAGCUGCGCAGUAAUAAUAGCAUCGGGGCGAGGAGAGAUUAGAGAGCGGAGAAAGAAUGGGAAGCCCGACAAACUCUCGCAUUACCCGCCUGCUUGAAUUAGCAAGGUGAAUCCGGCAGGUGAAAAUAAGCCGCAGAUGCGGCCAUCAAAAGACAGUCGAUUAACGAUUGCCGUGAUUGGAGGGCGGAAACCCCGUAACCUGAUUCGUCAUAGUGCCGCGGCCUCUUUGAUGUUUCUAUUAGAGGUUGAACUGCCUGAUGACCUAUUUCGUGCUGAUGAAUCGAAGGGCGGAAAUACAUCGACUGCUUUGAUGUUUAUGCGAGAGGGAUUGUUUACGCUCGGCAACCUCUGCUGAUUUGACACGCGGGACUGACACGUGGCAACCCCAGCUGUUACUGGACCAGGGUGCUGACAACUGGUGACAACGGCCGCACACGGCAGCAGUGACAAUUAAAGAAAAGAGACUUGCGUCGACUCGCGUCGCGUUCUUGAGUCCGGGCAGGUUACACGGGAGAGGAAAUCACACGUUACACAUGUGACUGCCACCCGCGUGGAAUGGCCCAACGUUGCCAGCCUCGUGGUCUGCGUCAGACAGAUACACAACACACACACACACACACACAUACACACACACACACACACACACACACACACA